AUGAGGAUGUUGGAAGAAUCAGAUACAUGCUUUCAUGGCAUCCUCCCCACUUUACCAGCGUACUCUCUUGGCAAAGUUUACUUGAGUGUUGUCUUUGGGAAACCUGAUAAUAACAGUAAGGAAAAGAUAGAGUUCGAGGUAGUAAAUUGGGAAUCACAAUACCAUGUUAUACUCGGGAGACCAGCUUAUGCCAAGUUCAUGGUUGUGCCACAUUAUGCUUAUAUCAAGCUCAAGAUGCCAGAUAACUGUGACCGCAAGUUUCAGAGGAUUGCUGCCAAGUUCGGGAUAAAGCAAGAAGCUGUCGACUUCCCUCCUAAGCCUUUGGCACUUAAAGAUAAAGAGAAUGAGAGCAUUAAGAAAUUGAAAAAGAAACCGGAUGACCCUAUUCUGGAAGCUUCAGCAGUUGGGCCUUCGGCAGCUGAUAGCAAGGCCUCUGCCGAAGACAGUAAAACUCCAGCACUUGCUGCAAGUACUUCUGAUGGAAUUAUCGACGCCUCCAAAGCCACCAGCUCCCUAGACAAGAUUGAAGAUAAGAAGAACCCUCCUCUUGUUUAA